UGUCAUUCUCAUUAUCAUUCGAUAAACAACUUCCGAAGUUUCAAGCGAUAUUUCGUAAAGUUAAAUAAUAUCUACAAUACAUUGGGGAAAACCAAGUGCUAAACAACAAUUUUAUCUUAGGCAUAGUGAAUAAUAAGUAUAAUUAAUAAGAAUAAUCAUGGUGAACUCAUCCAAAAUGCAACGACAUAUAGAAUUGCGUAAAUUACCUGCAGCCUCCUUGUACAACUUAGCUACUAUUUUGGAAAUUAAUAAAGACUGGCAAAAAGUUGUGCCCCUCAUACCGAAAGACUUAACGGCUGAUAAUUUUGAGCGUAAAUAUAACUAUGAACAUAUGAGAUUGAUGGAAAAACAUGCCGAAGAGACAAACAGGAAGUUUGCUGAGGUAUUAUUUGAUGAAUGGGGCACCUCUGGUAGGGUUAGACCUACUUUAGAAACUCUCAUGAUGAUAUUAUACAAGGCAGAAAUAUUUAGAGCUGUUGAUGAGAUAUCGCUCAUGCUAGGCGAGCCACCUCUGCCCAGGCCUAGUGAUGGCCCAGCAGCGCCCAUUACUACAAAUAUAUCAGCACUUCUAAAUGAUCAAAGUGGUGAACAAACAGCAAAUACAACAGCUUCUGUAGACAGUGGAAAUCCACACAACUCUGACCAUGACCAAGCAAUUUGUAAUCACACAACAAGACAGCUGAAAGAACCAAGUGAUCUGAUUAAGUUCUCUGAAACCAUACUAAGUAAAGAUAUACCCAACCUUAGUGUACUACAAACAUUUGGUGACAGAAGUACAGCAUUAGUAGAACAGUCAGAUCUUAUUAAGUUCUCAAGCUCUAAAGUAAUGUCUUCAGCAGAACUUCCAGACUUCAGUGCAUUGAUACCCAAAACUGAAAGUGACUCCAAAACAAUAGCUUCAGUGACUGCCACAACAGUCUCUACUGAACCUGACUCAUCUCGAGUUAACUCUACCCAACAAAGUAGUUACUCCCAAUAUAGUGCUGGUGGCAACAUGUCCUCUGUGCCCAACAUAUACAGUGUUAUAGAUAAUGCUAUAUUGACAGACAAAAAUCUAGUUCAGUUUGAUUACAGCGAAUUAGAAGCUAUAACUAACAACUUUUCUGAUAAUUUUGCUGAGACACCUGUUGGACCUGUUGGGAAAAUAGGUAGCGGUGGUUUUGGAGAGGUGUAUGUUGGUAGACACAGAAAACAUGGUCUUCUAGCUAUAAAGAGAGUGAGAAUGCAUUUCCAGAUAAGCUGUGAAGUUGCCAUGAAGGUUUUUAACACUGAGGUAAAGGCUCUGUCUCUUCUAAGACAUGAAAAUAUUGUUCCUAUCUUUGGAUACUCUAUAGAUGGUAUUACACCAUGCAUUGUGUGUGAAUACAUUGAUGGUGGCUCACUCUCAUACAACAUUCAAGAAAGAGUACUGCAAGUGAAUGAAAGAAUGAAUAUAAUAAAAGGCACAGCAGAAGGCCUGAAGUACAUACAUCACAGUGAGAGACCUCCACAAUUUGAUGACAGUGUAACUCAAUCAGGGUCUGUAUCCACUAGGAAGAGUUAUUUUCUUCAUGGAGAUGUCAAAAGUGCUAAUAUAUUGCUGACUAAGGACUGUGUGCCUAAGCUUUGUGACUUUGGGUUGGCAAAACAAUUGGAAACAACCUUCAUCACUACCAAGUCUAUGAUGGGGACCUCAGCUUACAUGGCACCUGAAGGCUUCUCUGGUACAGUUACACAGAAAAAUGACAUCUUUAGUUUUGGCAUAGUCCUACUAGAACUGCUAACUGGUUUGAAACCAAUAGUGGUAGAGAAUGGUGAAAGCAAUAACAUCAAAUCCUAUGUUGAAGAAAACUGUGAAGAUAAUGAUAUUACUAGACUUGUAGACAAGAGAAUUUCUAAUUGGACAAAAGCUCAAGACAUCUUCAUAGUAGCUCAACGGUGCUUGCAACAUUACAAGAACCAAAGGCCAACUAUUGAUGAAGUCUGCAAUAUGCUUGAUCAAAUCUGUGCAAAUUAAAUUGAUUAUUCAAAUCAUCAAUUUCAUAGUUCUAGUAUAAAUAGUGCAAUCAAAAUGUGAUAAAUAUUUUAAAGAAUGUGGUGCAUCACUAGUAAUUAAUUAUAAGGAUAAGAUUUGUAAAUCUUUUAUUAUGAUACUUUUUUAUGUGAAGUGAGAAUAAAAAACCUUAGAAAGUA